AUAGAGAGAACGUGUCCUUCGCAAAUGAAAAAACUCUGUACGCUGUCUGACUGUCUCCAUCCACAGGGAGGAGCGUUUAAGAGAUAAGAUGCCCUGCGCUCUCGAGUGACGUGGCUCUCGCCAUGGAGCUGCCGCUCGCUCCACCGCCUCUCUCCUGCGCUUCCUCUUCGGCCUUCCGCCUGCACCUUUCUCCGGUCGCCCCCAACACCCCCGCGCGCGCCCCGCUCCUCGCCCGCGCCCGCAGGAACAAGGGCUCCCCGAGUGACGACGCGGAGCCCAAGGUCAUCACCAUCGGCCGUCCCGGGAGGAAGAGCAGGCGGCGCCGCGGCGGCGGGGGGAAGAGGCAGACCCCGCGGGCCCCGGAGCAGCAGGACGAGGAGGAAGAUGAAAACGACGACGACGAGGAGGACGAGAGGGACGCGGCGAUCCCGGAGGUGGUGACGAACCGGAUGAUGCGGCGGGUGGGGGUGUCGGUGGGGGCGCCGCUGGCCGUCGGGGUGGGGUUCUUCCCGGCGUUCUACUACCUCAAGACGGUGGCGAAGGUGGACGUCCCGACGUGGAUCCCCUUCGGCGUCUCCUUCGUCUUCUUCGGCGCCGCGCUGCUCGGCGUCAGCUACGGCAUCGUCUCCGCGAGCUGGGACCCCUCCAGGGAGGGCUCCCUGCUCGGCUGGAGCGAGGCGCGCCGCAACUGGCCCGUCUUCUGGGACUCCCUCCGCGGCGGCGGCCCGGCGCCCCCUCGCCGGAGAUAGCUUACCAACGCUUCUCUUCUCUUCUCUUCCACCGAUGAUCGAAGAUGGAAAAACUGAUGGCUUUUGGAGUAGAUGUGCAACAUACCUGACAUGAUAUGGACAUCAACUUCAUGCAUGAGAGAUGAUGGAUGAUGCCACCUUACGCGCGAGUGGGCUCGCAGCCUGACGGCGAGCGCGCGUGAUUGGGCCGCGAGCGCGACGCACGGCCUGGCGCAGAAACGGCACAUGGCGCGGACGGACGGAAAUUCUUGAAA